UGUUUUAAUUAUUGAGGAGUAAAUAGUAAGCACGAUGGAUUCAAUUAGCAAGAAGUUCAUCACGGAAAUGUUUUUGGACAGCGACAGUGUUACAUCUAUAAACAGGCUAGUGGUUGCUGUUGCAAAAGUAGUGAACGAAAACGUUGAAAACAUCUCAACCAUCAAUAAAAUAUUUCAAAAUGAAUAUGAUCAAGGAUUGCUCCCCAACGACAAGAACCAGAAAAAAGCUGAAUGUGGACUUUCGUUCUCGCGCACAUCGAAGAACUUUUAUGAAGAAAGUGUUAUACAUUUUACUAAUGCUGACUAUGUGGAAUUGUUCAAAAUGAAAAAAAGUACAGUGGAGGCUCUCAUCAACUAUUUGAAAGACUUACUGAAGACUGGAAGCAUUGUGCCACUAGAUAAAAAAGUUCAUGUCUUUCUUUGGCUGUUAAUCAACUCAUCAUCUUGCAGCGAAGUUGGCCUCCUGUUCAACCUGCAUAAAUCAACAGUGAAUGUGAUAUACCAUGAAAUUGCUACACUGUUAACUGAGCAAAGAUAUAAUUUUAUCAGCUGGCCAUCAAUAGAAGAACAGCAUCUCACAAGGGUGAAAGUUAAUAAUAGAUUCAAUUUUCCAAAUUGUGUGGGUUUCAUUGACGCUUGCAGAUUAAAGGUAUCAUCUAUAAGAAAUAAAAAAACGAAACCUGAAAUAGUACUUCUUCAGGCAGUUUGUGAUGAGUCACUCAUGUUUAUAGAUAUUCAUGUGGGUGAAAUUGGAAGAACAAGAAAAGGAAGAGUAUACAGAGAAAGUAAACUUGCUCAGGAGCUGAAGAAUUUUGUUGAUUUUGAAAAUCACAUACUAGGUGACUCUCAGUAUAAGUUGAGGAAAAAUUUGAUAACUCCUUUUUCUAGUGAAGAAUUACUAACCAGUGAAGAGAUGAAGUUCAAUGAGAUUCACUGGAAAGCUCGCUCAUAUAUUGGUCAUGCAUUUGAACUGCUUAAGGAGAGAUUUAGAAAGUUAAAUCAUAUUGACAUCAACAGGCCUGAAACUGUUAAAACACUGAUUUAUGCUUCAUGUGUGCUUCAUAACUUUAUUUUACUCCAUGAGGGGUGCCCAGAUUUGAAAGAGGAAGCAAUUGCUUGUAAUGAUGGUGUUGUUAUUGAUACAAAUAUUGUCACAAGUGCAGUGGAAAAGCGCCAGUUUCUAUGUAAUUAUAUUAAUUAUUUGGAAUGUACUUAACCCUUUAAAUGCCACACCUAUUGUGUGCAGCGCAUCAUCGUGAACCUUUGCGGAAUCCACAAAGGUUGAUCUUUUUCUUUCUCGGUCCCUCAUUGCUGAGGAUUGCGACCAUGUAUGCUCUGUCUCCAUAGUGUGUGGUCAUAAGCCAUAUGGGUCACGCACUGCAUGUUGCCGCCAACCACCCUCUUCACAGCAUCAGACCAUCUCGUGGGUGCUUUUCCUCGCGCACGCUUGCCAUCCAUUCAACCGAAGAUAAUCUGCCUUUCUAGGUCAUGCUUUUUGUACAAAGGUUGAUAUUGGACUGUAAAUGCGCGCGUCAGUUGACGUCUUUGGCGAUCAAAUGGUUAAAUCAGUGACAAUUGUAUGGUAUAACUACCUAUGUAAAGCAAUAUAAAAUAAAUGAACAUUUCUGUA